GAAGUCGCGCAGUUGUCAUUGCGGGCUCACACACAGGCACUGGGAACUGUGGUCACUGGUGUUGCCGGUAUGACUUGGGCCUUUAUCCUGCCUUACCUGGUCAAUCCAAAUGAGGCCAAUCUAGGAGGUAAGAUCGGCAUCCUGGCUUUCUGUGGGCUGGGCGGUUGGUAUUAUUUCCCGGGAAAAAAUGGCAAGUCUUUUGCAGAGAUUGAUACUUUAUAUGAAGCUAAGGUGGCUUCAUAA